AAUCCCGAGGGACGUAAGUCCCGAGGGAUUGUUGCGUUGCCCGAGGUGGUUAAAAUCCAAUAACUCACAAGAUAGAUAAUUAAUUUUAUUUCAUACUGCAUGAAAUAUAAAAACCAAAUUGUUUUGGUUUUCAGAACAAAACGAAUUAUCUUUAUUAAGAAUUAAGUAGGCAUGGUUGCCAUGGAAAUGUCACUGACAACAUUGUAGAUAUUUGUCAUAUCGUGUUUCUCAUCAUAUUCAAAUUUGUGAAAAUGAAUGCAAACUCAGAGAGAAUUGAGAUUUCAAGAGAUUUGUUGGAAAAGGCUGAAAAAGCUCGUUCCGUACUACUACUGACAAAGUCGGAACUUAAGUACAAAAAGGAAUAUGACAAAUUUCUGCAGUGGAUGGAAGUUAACCGUAUGGAUAGUAAAAACACGAGUGAAACUGUAAUGUUGGCGUAUUUUCAAGAGAUGUCUGAAUUGUAUAGUCCUAAUUCGCUGUGGACUAAGUGGUCAAUGCUAAAAUUGAUGAUGAGAAUACAUGAUGACAUAGAUGGAAGUAAAUUUCACGAAUUGGAAGCGUUUCUCAAACGCAAAAGUAAAGGCUAUGAGCCAAAAAAGUCUAAAGUGUUUAGUCGGGAAGAUAUUGUCAAAUUUUUGAAGAAUGCGUCUGAUCAAAAAUACUUACUUCAUAAGGUAGUUUUGAUUAUGGGUUAUUUCGGGGGCUGUAGAUGUCAAGAACUUUUGAAUAUGAAAAUUAAUCACAUCGAAGAUAGGGGCUCUGUUAUGGUGGUUGACAUUCCGGAAAGUAAAACAGAUAUUCGUAAGAGAUUUACUAUUGUGGAAGAAAACGAGUGCUCUGCAUUGAGUCUAGUGAGGAAGUAUAUGCUUCUACGUCCAUCGGGCCCGGAAAGAUUUUUUCUAACGUAUCGAGGAAAACGUUGCUCAGUUCAACCGGUUGGAAAAAAUACAUUCGGGAAAAUUCCAAGCAAAAUUGCUAGUUUUUUGGAAUUGUCGAAUCCAGAAGCAUUCACAGGACAUUGUCUGCGAAGGACUUCUGCGACUGCCUUGGUCAAUGCAGGAGCAAAUAUGACAACAUUGAAGAGACAUGGUGGAUGGCGAAGUUCAACGGUGGCAGAAGGGUAUUUGGCCGACAGCAUGGAAUUGAAAAACAAAACUGCAAGAAUGUUAGCUGGCAUGUCAGAUGAAAGAAGGGAAACAACUUCAUGUUUGAAUACAGUCAUUAACAGUGACAACCGUUUAAUAGAAAAUCCUUGCAAUUCGGGUAACAACUUUAAUGGUAAAUUCGACAAAUGUCGGUUUAUUUUUGUGAACACUUUAGAGGGAGUUAAAGAUCUAUAACUGCCCUGUUUAACU